AUGAGUUCACGGAGGGGAUGCCGACUCUUCGAUCGUAUAACGUCAGCGGGAUGCUGGACUCGACGCUGGACCUCGGGCUGUCCCCCACCUGCGGGCAGCUCCACGCGGGAUGCUGCGAGCAAAGCGAGUGCGAACAGGGCCGCGCUACUGGAGAACACCGAGAUCAAAGAACUGGCGAUGGCAAGCCGAUACGGUCCGCGUGCGGGCCGGACGGUGUCUGUACACAACAACGAUACAACCUCGGCGUGUCGCAGCCUGGACAGCACGCUCUACGCCAACAGCAUCGCCCAAGACCGCAGAGCGCAGAGGUUCUACAUGAAGCCGGGCAAGAGGGCCGAGCAGAAGACAGCGCUCCGCCACAGAAAGACCUUCAUGAAGGGGUUCAAGCAUCUGAUGGACAUAGUCCAGGACGCAAAGCGCAAGGGUUACUGA